GGCUUCGUUUCCUACACAUUUGCAUACUUUAAACUUUCUAGUGGAGAAAACAAUAUUUCAAUUACUAUUUUCAGUCCAUGAAGCAGAGAAAACGUUAGUUUGCAUGGUGUUUUAGAGUUCUUGGAGACUCUCGGUUCAGGACUCCGUGCAUUUAUUUACUGGACAUUGGUUCGUUGAGUGAAUCCUAAAAAUGAGUAGGGGUAAAGUGCCGUUGCUACGUCGGAUUACGACCGGCACCCUUAUUGUACCGCAUCAGAGCAACCUUGGGGACCGGGCUGUCAGCCGUUCCAUGGACGACAUCGGGAUGACGUCACUCAACCGUAACACCCUGAUGACGGGGAAAUCCCCGUUGGGAAUCGGCAGGGCCACGCCAAAGACCAAACGGCAGAAGAGGGCGGUGCCCAUUCCGGCCAGUGAGGUGGCCAACCCGGUCAAGACGGGCUACCUGGAGGUCAAGAAGAAUGGCUCGUGGAAAAGAUGCUGGUCGAUACUCACCGAGGAUCGCCUGUACAUCUAUCGCAAGCCCACCGACUCGCAUACGCUGGAUAUGCUGAUGCUGGACGACUACGACGUCCAGAUCGUGGUCGCGUCGUCCGGCUCCUCGUGGAAGACCGGGACGAAGUUUGCUUUCGAGCUCUACAACGCGAAGGUUACGGGAACGACGUUAUUGUGUGAGAGUCGAGAAGAAAGGACAGAGUGGAUGCAGGCUAUUGGAGAAAGGUGCCAGAAAUUGAACGGGACUGAGAUGGAAGGUACAGCGGAGCAAAGAGGAAGCAGAGAGAAGUUGGCGCCAUUGAUCACACGACUUGAUUCCGAUGGCAGUGAAAAACCGAUCCCCCUCGGCGGGGAACCCAAAGGAUCAGCUUCAUCAUCCGACCUCUCCGACGAAGAUUCGCCGAUCAUGGACAAGAAGAAGCAGAUCAUCGAGGAUAAGUACGAGCGGGUGAAGGAAGCGCAGGAGAUGGAGAUGCUCCGGUUGAACACCAUCCUCAACCAACGCAGGAUGUCCGCUGACGUCAAGAUCAACGCCGUUGAGAAGAAACUGCUUCAGCAACGCAAACAGAGGAAGCGAAAGAAGAAUUCCAGAGGAGAUUCGCUGGACGAAGAGGGUGAGUUUCUGGAAAAGCAGUUGGAGCAGUUGAAGACACGCCUUGAAGAAGUCAACAAGGAAUCACAAGACAUCAACCUGAAACAAGAAGAGCGACUCAAGUCCAUUGAAAACAAGAAGGACGUCGAGUUCAAGAUUCUCGAACAGGAACGGAAACUCCAGAAGCACCGGAAGGCCGCCCAACAAGCCCUUCAGCAGAUUGUCAAAGGCAUCUCAUCAAUUACCCCUCCCAUCGGUGGCAGCAAACCAAGGUUUGAUCUCAUCUCGGAGGAAGCAGAGGAUGAAUGCGAAGAGAGGAAACUCUCAGUGGCGAGUUCCGUCGGGAUCAGCUCAAGCGAUAGCAUGGGGAGUCUUUGCGACCCUAAGAAAGUGUUGGACAAUGAAGUGGUUGUUCCGGUUAUGUCUUCCAAAACAGCUUCAGCAACCAUGACCAGACGGCAUGCAGUACACCACCAUCCAAAGCUGCAUUCUGCAGAGAGUAGCUCAGAUUCCUCAUCCAGUAUAGACAGUCCAGACGUGGUCAGGCACAACUUUAACCUGGUGGAUGAGUUCACCAAGUCGUUCCCAGCCUUUGACGGCACCUUAGAGCAAGGAUCGAGGGAUAAAUCAAAGUCUUUUGACUCCGGCAUCGCUGACGAGGUUGAUAUCAAUUCGAACAAAUCAUCAACAGUGACCAUGAAGACAAACAUCAAUGGAAAUGUAAAUGACAAUGAGAUGUCAAGUCCAAACGUGCCUUCUCAAAAUCACAUUAGAACUGAGAUCAGUGAGGAUGUCCUGCGUGACAUUGAGGAGUUUGAGAUCCUUGCACGUCGUGCUCUUGAGGAAGCCAGCUGGAUGGUCUAAGUCAAAGCUGAAAUUCACUACUCAUCGUGCAACUCAACCAUGUACAGCUCAACAGUAAUUUAAGAAACAGUAAAGUUAUAUAUUUAUGAGUGGUCGGCCGAUCAACCUAGACUUUGUGAAGGUUUAUUUCAAUUUAUUUUAUAGAAAAGAACUGUGCUGAACGUCUUGCAGUAAUUUCUCUCUAUUGUCUUCCGAAAGUGGCAUUUCUGGUCAUAGGGAAUUCUCUCAAAGUUCUUGAAAUUGAUGUGGGAGAACAAUCCAAAAUCAGAUUGAAAAUUUCAAUCUUAUUCAUUUCUAACACAAUUCUAUUUUUAAUCUAAUUUUGGAUUGGUCCCCCAUCUCAGUCUAAUAGAUUUAUUUUCAGUCUUAGGAAUUUAGAGAGAGCGUGAUCGGAAGAAAAGCUAGAGCGCCCUCUAUGAGAAGGACCAAACCUUGGUGCAACUGGCAUUUACUUUCCUAUGGAGUUAAAUGACAUUACUGUGCUAUAUAUACUGCAUCUAUUGGUCUUCCAGAUUUGUUGAAUUGAGAUCUUCCAUUUUCGCAAGUUAAUACUCAAGUCAUAACAUGUGUUUUGUAUGAGGACAUUUCGGGUUUGACUUAGUUGGAUCCAUAUUUAUCGACCUUCAUGCCUCACGAAAACUAGACAGUGGUCAAUGAUUGGCUGAUUAGGCCUUGAGGCUCAAAAUGAUAUGCAAAGAUCUUUUAUGUUUCAGGUUUCAAAUCAAAGUGCUUCUUUUUAAUGUUUAUACAAAUGUCAAGAUUUUUGGUACAAGUAAGCACAAAUCCAGACUUAUAACGGGUUUGCUUUCUAAGGGUUUACAUACAGUAUAACCUCUUGAUAUUCGUAGUGUUUGAUGUUUUUCUCUUUCAGAAGUGAUAUAAUUAACUAUUUCAGUACCAAGAAAAGUGAGAAUUCUUCCACAUGAGACAAAGUACGAAAUAAUACCACUCAGAAUAUGCAUUGAACGUAGAGGGCAUCAACACAUGCGCCCUCGAAGUUCAUAUUAGUACAUGUAUAUACAAAUAGGGUGGAGCCACAUGAGGGGAGGCAGAUAAAAUUUCAAGAAGUUUAGAUAAAGAAAUAAGAAGAGAAAAGCUGAAAGAAUGUGGAAAUAGAGCAUGAAGGGUCUCCAGGCAAAAAAAAAAUAGUCAUCAUAAAUUUACUUCUGAGGGGAGAUAUAUUUGUAGUUCAUUUGGAGAAACAAUUUGAAAUAUAAAGAAUUAAUAUCUUUUUUGCUGAUCAUUAUUAUUGUCCUGUUCAGUUGAUGUAGUUUUAGACUGAAUAUUUCGAGGUAGUAUGAAGCCGCAGAUUAUCUCAGAUGACUGUUGCACAAAAUGAGAUGAGACUUCUUGUUUCUACAGAGUCAAAUUUGACUAGAUUGACCUCACCUGGGGUCAGCUGAGCUAUAAAGCAUGACCCAGUAUUUUGUAAUUAAUUUGACUGAGAUUUGACUCAAUUCAGUGCAAAGUAGCUCAGAAUUUUUCAUAUAUAUAUAUAUAUCAAUGGAGUUGUAUGAGUUGACCCCAUUUGUGAGUAAGAUAAGAGUCCAGAAAUUAGUCAAAUAAUGAAAAUGACUGCUAGAAAAUGGAUGACAGAGUCAUUUGAGUUUGGUCUACUCUAGUUAGAUUUUGUACUGAUUUAUGGGAGCAAGCACAAAACUACAGAAUGUACAACAGUUUGUGGAACCAAACGUUGCCUAAUUAUGAUCAAGACUCAAAAGGGUUUUUGCGAACUGGUUUAUUGUGAAUGUCUAAUAUUUCUGGCUGGUCCAGAUUUUUUAUGCCAAGUUUCAAAACUGAAACCUUUUUUUAUAACAUGCAUUAUUUAUGAAACUACCGAGUUUUCAUAGGAUUUUAUAUCACUUUUAGCGGGAAAUUGGUUUCCAUAGUUGGCAAACAUCUACUUUUCCCUUGGCGGGUAUUCUAGUCAAAUGUGCUGCAUGACUAUAUAAUUGUUAUAUCCAUUGUCAUUUAUUGUUUGGCGGCAAGGGCACUGAAGAAUAAGUUACAUGGGUGGUGGAACUUAUACUAUUAUAUUAAUAUAACAUUGCCAUGUAAUUAUAUUGGUGUUUUUUCUUAUCCGCAUCUCUUUCUGUCUUCCUUUCAUUUGCCCUCAUUUGAAGAGGAGUGCCUUUGCCUAUCCAUGUGCUCAAAUAUUGUUCUUAAAACCUUAAUAUCCUUUUAGGUUCAUGUGAAUUCUCAUACAUUGUUUGUCAUAUUAUAUUGCAGCAUAUAUUACUAAUUUGUAUAUUGUUAUGAUACAUUUAUUGGCCCCACACGGUCAUUUCAAUAUUACCUUUAAAAUUUCAUAAUGAAAACCAUGAAGAAAUACUUAAUAAACAUAAA